GACUCUUUGCUUAUCUUGUGUAUAAUGUAAGGUUAGGUUUAAUAUUAACUGGGUAUCAUACUUUAUUAUUACGAUCAAACCUUCAAUAAGGAUAGUGAAUGAAAGGGACCUUUUCCAUUUAGUUUUAGAUAGCUUGGUCUUAAAUUUAAUCUUAUUAUUUUUGCAAAAUGGGAAAUAUGUCAGUAGUAACAGUAUUCACUCUGUCUGGGUUUGGAGACAUAACAGACUACAGGGUCCCUGUCUUCUCUGUCACUUUAUUGUGUUACUUUGUCAUUGUGCUAGUUAAUGUUACGGUCAUCAUGACUAUCGUCUUUAACAGAAUCUUUCAUGUGCCAAUGUAUAUCUUUCUUUGUAAUUUGUGCAUUAAUGGACUUUUUGGUACUGCAGGAUUCUACCCCAAAUUUCUGAUGGAUCUGCUGUCUCGUUUACAGGUCAUCUCCUAUGCAGCAUGUUUGUUUCAGGCUUUUGUCAUAUAUUCUUCUUUCUGCAUUGAUAUUUGUCUGCUAGCUGUGAUGGCCUAUGACAGGUUUGUAGCAAUAUGUAGACCACUGCAAUAUCACUCUGUCAUGACUAAGCAGUGGGUGGCACAGUUAGUCUCUUUCUCCUGGAUUGCUCCUUUUGGCCUUACAGCUGGUGCUAUUAUAUUUACUUUCCACCUGAGGUUGUGUGGCUCACACAUACAGAAACUCUACUGUGCUAAUUGGUUGGUUGCUAAAUUGUCAUGUGAUGCGACCAUUGCAUAUGUAACACUAUUCUUCUAUAUUCUUCUUGCCAUUUUUAUAUUUUGCUCUUACAUGCAGUUGAUCAGAUCAUGUUUUAAGUCCUUGGAAAACAGAGGAAAGUUCAUGAGUACUUGUUUGCCACAUUUAUUAGCAUUAUUUAACAUUUCAAUUGCUGGUCUAUUCGAUGUUAUGCAUAUGCGUUAUGGCUCAAACGAUUUGCCACAGAGCCUUCAAAACUUCUUGGCGGUUGAAAUUCUAAUAGGUCCUCCAUUAUUCAAACCCCUCAUUUAUGGUCUGACACUAACUCAAAUUCGCAAUAAAAUACUGUGUAGAUGUUUGAAAAGGAAAUAAUAGUGUGUUGAGUAUAUUGUUUAUAUGCAUAAAUGGUAGCUACUGUAAAAGGUGGGUCAUAGGGAAAUUAAACCUUAAAACAAAUAUAUAUAUUCUAGAGGUUGCAAAUUUGCUAAGCUGUGGCAUUGACUUUGGGGUUGACAGUUGUAUGUAGUCAGUAAGAAUGUUUUUUCAAAGGUUUGUUCAGAAAAACACAAUACUGAGUUAUAUCUUGGCCCAGUCCCACAAAAGUUACACAAUUCUUUUUAUUUUAAACAAAACUAGUGGUUUCAGGGAGAUAUGGAAGAAUGGGAAGUUUGUCAUUGCUGUAGCUCUGUUUGUUAACAUGAGUGAUCCAGUUAGU